AAUGAGCGAGCCGCCAACAGCGAAGGAAAUUGCCGAGGUAACGCCGCGUUCGGAUGCCACCGAAGGCGUCGGCCAGAUGACAACCUUUUCAGUGGCGUUGAUGAUGUUAACCGCCGCCCUCGGUGCUGGACUCCUGCAUUUCCCUGCAGCCUACAAUAUCGCGGGAGGCAUCCUCAUGGCCACGGUCUUGCAGCUGAUCCUGGCGGUUUCCAUCGGAGGUACUGUUCUGACCUUGGCAUUUUGUGCCGAUGUCAAAAACGACCGCACUUACCAAGGCAUCGUGCUGUCCAUGUGUGGGACGAAAUGGCGCUACGCGUCGGCGGCGUCCGUCUUGCUGUUCUGCUACGGCAUCUGCGUAGUCUACUUGAUAGUCAUUGGUGAUCAGUACGACCGCAACUUCUGCCACACGUGGUACAUGGCCCGCGAGUUCACCAUCACGCUCACUGCUGUCGCCAUCGUGCUGCCUUUGAGCAUGCUCCAGCACAUAGAGUUCCUCAAGUGCGCCAGCAGCCUGGGCUUAGUGGCCGUGGUCUACCCUUGCGUCUUGACGGGCAUCGAGUACUACACCGUACCUCGGCCAGACGAUUUGUACAUCAAGGUGUGGCCCACAAGCGCACGUGACGUUUUCCUCAGCGCUCCCGUGUUUUGCUUCGCCUACCAGAGCCACGAGGUGGUGAUUUCAGCCUACGCAGCCAUGCGCCAGCGCUCGAUGAGGAACAUGGCUCAGGCGAUCGCAAUAUGCAUGGCCAUCCUCUUCGUCAUCUACUCCACGGUGGGCUGCUUCGGCUACCUGACCUACGGUGCAUCCGUGCGGCCCGAUAUCAUGGAGAUGUUCGACGCCAAACAGGCUUGGGUACUCAUCGGCCUGGUGGCGCUCAUAUUGAAGAUGGCCUUCACCUACCCACUCCUGGCGCUUUGUGCAAGGUGUCGUUCGCCACCCAGUGGCUCUCCUGAUAUGCUGUGCAUUGCAGAUGCGCGCCUAAGGGAUGCAAUCGAAGAGCUGUACCUGCAGCUACGCGGAGGUCCACCCGAAAACCGGAAGGAAGAGCACGCCCGCAAGACGAAGGUCAGCCUCGCCUGGUUCGCGACCACCGUGGGUGUCGCCAUAUUGCCUUUGGACAUCGGUGUGGCCAUCAAGUUCCUUGGAUGCCUGUCCGCGCUCAACGUAUUUCUGUUUCCCGGUAUGUGCCUCCUGGGCUACACCCAGCUGAAGGGCUCCUCGACCACCUACCGGCACUGGCUCAUGCUUCUCGGCGCCCUCAUGGUGUUUGUGGGGGCCGUCCUAUUCCUCGUGGUUUUUCUGCAUGUCCUGCUCGUCGACCUCGUCUCGGGACAAGUCAACCACCUCUGCUCCUGA